AUUCAUCAAUUACAAGGAAGAGAAAGUAAAGAUAUUAUUAAGUUUCGAAAUCAUACAUUUUUGACAAACACACCUAUAUUAAUAAAUGUAUAUGGAAUUCAUCAUUCUCAAAAAUAUUGGAAGAAUCCUGAAGAAUUUAUUCCUGAAAGAUUUGAGAAUGAACACGAUCAACAUGCUUUUUUCACUUUUGGUGGUGGUUCCAGAGCAUGUUUAGGUAUCAACUUUUCACUUAUUGAACAAAGA